AUGUGCCACCUCCACAUAGUGGUGUUUUUUAUUGCUGAAGAACUGCGAAAGUGUUUUGGUGAUUGGGGCAUUGAAGACAAGGUAUUUAUAAUAACGGUUGAUAAUGCUAAAGCAAAUGAUACUGCUAUCAUAAUUCUUAAAGAUGAUUUCGAGUUAAGGGAAGUCUUGCCUAUUGGAGGUCGAUUAUUUCAUGUGCGAUGUUGUGCUCAUAUUACUAACUUGUUGGUGCAAGUAGGACUUGCUGAAAUUGGAGACAUAGUUGAUUCAGUUAGAGAGGGUAUCAAGUACAUAGUGGCUUCUGAGGGUCGGUUGAGAAAAUUUAGUGAUAUUGCAAAAAGAUUGCAACUCCCUGGCAAGAAAUUGAUUUUAGAUGUCCCUACACGUUGGAAUAGCACUUAUAUGAUGUUGGCGACAACUGUACAAUUCAAAGACGUAUUUCCUAGAUACCAUCAAAGUGAUCAAGCAUUUCAGUGGUUAAUAAGCCUUGAAGAAUGGGAGAAGGUUGAAAAUGUGAACCAAAUUUUGUCAAUAUUCAAUGAUGUGGCCAACAUAGUAUUUGGCAGUGAAUACCCAACUUCAAAUCUGUUUCUACCUGAGGUUUGGAGGAUUAAAGAAGUAUUGUUGUUGAAGUGUAGGGAUAAUAAUGAGUACAUCAGGGCAAUGGUGAGUAAAAUGAGUAACAAGUUUGAGAAGUAUUGGGAGCUUGAAGCUUCUAUGGACAUUGAUAAUGUCUACUCCGUUCUUCAUGAGUUAUAUGAGGAAAAUUCCCGUUCUACAAGUGGUUCUACUAGAGUUGCUGCAGUCAAAGCUCCUAUUGGUCGAUCAAGGUUUUUGCAACAUGUAAGAUGUAAUGAUGUUGUGCGACCCGCUAAAACAGAUUUGGAUGUAUAUCUUGAAGAUGACAUUUACAUAUGUGAAAAUGAUGUCAAUGAAGAAGACAUAGAUGCUGAGUUUGAGGCUUUGGCAUGA